UGUUAGACAUUCUUACAUAUAUUCCAACCCUAUAAAGGAUAGUCACCUAAGUACCUCCGAUGGCCCCAUUUCAAAGGUUUUUCUUAAUUUUCUUUUGAUUUAGCCAUCAGUAAUAGCAUAACUUUUCCAAUAAUUAUGAUUUUAGAGACCGAAUACAACUCUACUCCAUAUUUCGACGGCGGAAAAGCUAUUUCAAAAAAUCCCGUCUGUUAACGAGCUAUUGGAAAAGCUAUUUCAAUGGCGGGAAGAAUCUUAAUCGGAAGUACCGCAUUUCUCCGACGAGUGAUUUCCACCUCAAUUCUUUCCUCCUCGUUCCAGCAAAUCCACCAUAUUUCAGCUAAACCAGUUCCCACUUCCUCCAAUCAUCCCCAAAUUUCCUUGAAUCACUCUAAUCUCCUUCACAAGAUCGGCUUCACACAAUCCCAAAUCUGCGAUUUCCUUUCACAGAAUCAUCUCUUCUUCACCAAUUCCAAUUUCCAUGACAUUGAAGCUUCUCUACCCCUUCUUCUUUCCUUCAAAAUUCCCCCGAAGGAUCUCGUUUCCAUCGUCUUCGACUGUCCCGCAGUUCUGGACUUGGAGUUUCUCAAGAAAUGGAAGGUAAGUUUGUCUCUAAUUGAUUUACCCGAUGUUACUGUAUCCAUGAUUCGGAGUAUGCUGGUAUUAUCUCAACGGUUUGAGCUUGACCCGAAUCUUUUUCGUGGAACUGUUGAUUUAUUGAAACGUUUUGGGAUUAGUGAUGCUGCCGUGAUUAGGGUUUUAGAGGAUUACCCUGAAAUAGUGUUCACGGACGAGGAAGAAAUCUUGCGAACGAUUGAAUUUCUGAUGGGAAUUGGAAUUCGAAGGUAUGAAAUUGAUCGGAUCAUUUGCUCGAUUCCCAGAGUUUUAGGGUUUAGGGUCGAGGGCAGAUUGAGGAGUUUGAUUUGUGAGUUCAACGAUUUGGGGUUUCGUCAAAACGUGAUUGUUAGAGAAAUUGUUAGGGAACCGAGAAUUUUAGCCACAGAAUUAGGAGAAAUUUCAAGAUGUGUCGAGUUGCUUAGAAAUCUGAAAUGCAGGAACUCAAUCAAGGAGAAGAUCUUUAGAGAGGGUUCUUUUAGAGCUGCAUUUGAAGUGAAACAGAGAGUUGAUUGUUUAUGUAAACAUGGGCUGAUUCGUACAAGGGCAUUUAAAUUGCUAUGGAAAGAGCCGAGGUUGGUCACUUAUGAAAUAGAGAACAUUGAAAAGAAAAUUGACUUCUUGAUUCAUAAGAUGAAAUAUGGUGUUGACAGUUUGAUUGAUGUUCCGGAAUAUCUAGGAAUCAAUUUCGAAAAACAGAUUGUUCCGCGUUACAAUGUGAUCGAAUAUUUGGACUCAAAAGGCUGGCUUGGUUCUCAGGUUGGUUUGAGGGAAAUUAUCAAGCCUAGCAGGCUCCGGUUCUACAACCUUUUUGUUAAGCCUUAUCCAGAAUGUGGGAAGAUGUUUGGAAAAUUUGCGGGAGAUAACAGAACGGAGAGCCCAAGUCGGCAUCCUAUUGGACUAUGGAAGGCCUUCAAACCACCAAGAUAUCCAGAAUCAAAAGAGGACAUUGAAAACAUGAAGUCCUUCAUGGAAUCUCUUGUUUAGUGAAAGCUUGGUAAGAAUGAAGAAGAAAGGGAUCAUCUGGUAUUGGAAAGGAAAGGCAGCAAAUCAAGCUGUAUAUGUGAGUACUCAAAAGCUCUUAAGAAAAUGAGGGAACCCGAGUGACAUCUUGUUUGAAUUUUACCGUGCAAACUGUCCUAACAAGACGGCUUGGCAAGAGCAACAUGAGAAGAACCUUUUGGACAAUGGGGAGUUGAGAUAUAGGACCUAAUUGUCAAAGGCUUCUGAUGCUGUAGAAGACGAUGGAGUCUGAACUUUGGUUUUGUUAAGCUCCCCAUUACUAAAAGUAAACGCAUUCGAGUUUUCUUAAGCUGAUGGCUUCCUCACGAUGUUGUUCCUGUCAGAUAUUGUGUUUACACAGUAGCAAGCCAUCGAUCCAAUGCACAAAAUUGAGAGAAUGGGGUUGGGAUGUAUGAUCAAACCUGGUAAGUCGAACCACGCCCUAGAAGGAUUGUUUAACCUUUGAAUUUACUUGUUCAAGCAUGCUGAUAGAAAUGUCGUUUUGAUUUCAUUUGUUCAAACAUGCUGAUAGCUAUAGAAAUAAGUAUGACAUUAUCCAUUUUUGUGGAAGAUCCAUUGUUUUCACAAAAUUUAGUUUAAACAAUAAACUUGAAUAUCUUUGGAUCA